AUGGAGUGUCUUUGCGCCUCCCUCACACCACCAUAUACGGCAGAUAACCCGUUAUCUAAAAGUGCACAAAACGUGAUAAAUCGUUACCGUCUUCAUAGUGAAGGUUAUCCCCUAAGCCCCUGGUGCGAGGGUCGACUCAGACCAAACGAUUAUAGACAGGCCCUACUAAGAUCACUAUCGCUCCCGCCUUACAAUUGCCGAGUCCUCUCCACGGUACAUUUUGUGCAAGAUUCGGGGAUGAACUAUUAA